UUAUGAGCUAUAACUUAUAAGCUAUUCCGUAUAGAUAUAUAACAAGAUACAGUUUGUCUUUGUAGUGAAUUAUAGAAUUUAUGAACCUUGUCCUCCAAUGCGAAGUUAUACAAAAGUGAUGAAUAUUUAGUAAUAAACUCAGAUAAGUAUACAAUAGUAAACCUAUUCAUAAAUUACAAAUUCUGUAGUGGUCUAAAUUAGUGAUUAAAAUAUGGAUGAAUAUUCAAGAGAACCUUGCCCAUGGCGUAUUUUUGAUGAUUCUGGUGGUGCAUUCUUAAUGGGAGCCAUCGGUGGUGGUAUCUUCCAUUCAAUAAAAGGAUUCAGAAAUGCGCCUACAGGAUUUAAUAGAAAAAUGCUUGGCAGUUUAGCAGCAAUGAAAGAACGCUCACCGAUAGUCGGAGGCAAUUUUGCAGUAUGGGGUGGAAUGUUUUCCACAAUCGACUGCUCUCUUGUCUAUUUACGCCAAAAAGAAGAUCCCUGGAAUUCAAUAAUGAGUGGUGCACUCACAGGAGGCAUCCUUGCUGCACGAAAUGGUGUACCAGCCAUGGCAGGGAGCGCUUUAGUCGGCGGUAUCCUCUUAGCCCUAAUAGAGGGCAUCGGUAUCAUGUUCACGAGAAUAUCAUCAGAGCAAUUUAAACCACAGCAGCCAAUCUUUGAAGAUCCAUCAGUUUUAGGACAGAGUCAACCACAAGGGCAAAGUUUUCAAUAGAUCAACUAAUUCAUUAAACAAGAUUGUAUAGUCCAAAUUUAUAUUUAGAACUAAAAGGUAUAAAAUUAUUAGGGUUACCUGAAUUAAAAUUAACAGUAUAUCCGAGUAAAUAAAUAAAUGUAUAAUCCAUACAGUCAUUAUACAGUUUUCACUUAGAAAUGGAAUUUACUUUUUAUUAUCAGGGUUCUUCUUGGAGGUAGCAAGAAAAGUAAAAAAAAAAAAAUCAAAUAUCUUUUUAAAUUGAUUUUAUAAUGUGCACAAUAUUUAAUAACAAUUGAAAUAAAUUGACAAAGUAUUGAGUAAUUUUAAAUAUACAAUCUUGUUUCAAAUUCAUAAGGAAUAAUUUAAGAGGUAAUUUUAAAAACCACUCAUUUCCAAUUUAAGACUCCAAAUAUGACAAAAUAAAAAAAUGUAAAAUUUGUUGGUAAUAAGCUAUUUUUUUCAAUAAAACCAAAUUAUUAUUUUUAGGAAUUUAAAUUCAUAUCAAACUUGGUUUAAAGGAAUUCAAUUCUCAAGCAUUUAGAUCAAAAAAAAAUAAAAAAUAAAUAAUUAACAUACACAAUUGGUCCUCUGUUUCUAAGAUAAUUAACUUAAUGCUUGUGUUAUAGGUUAAUUUGGAUAUGACUUUUGAAAAUGACCUCUUCGAUUGUUAUAAAUAUUAAAUUAACUCUCAGAUUUGUUUUUGAGUGAAUUAUUUGCAUCUGUGAUAUUUUUUCAGUUCAAUACUGAUUGCUCAUAAUUUCACUUAAAAAUUAUAAUUUUUUUUGUUUUUGAUUCUUGAACAGAAAAAAAUUUAAUAUCAUAAUUUACGAUAGCAUAAUUUCCAUACAACAUAUUUAUUUGUUCCCCAUGUAUGUUGUUGUGGAUUUGUCGGAGAGCUGAUCAAGGACAAUGGUUUGGAGAUCCAUCUUCAUGAAGAUUUAAUGUCUCAUUCUUGUGUAGGAUAAAUCUCCAUUGUAUCAGUUGUUCCAGAUGCUGUUAUUAUUCUUAUUGCUAGCUUAAAUUGUGAUGUUUAAAUUGUAAAAAUAGAUACCAAAUAAAUAAUUUUUUAAA